AUGGGACUCACACCUCCCGUCUGGGAGAACCUGCAGCUCUGGGGCUCACUCUGCCCUGUGGGGAAGGGGGAGGUCCACACUCACAGAUGCGCGCACACACACACACACACACAGCCAGACACACACGAAGGCUCACAGACCCACAUUCACAGACACACCGCCUGGGGGCUGGGGAAGCAGGAGGGACCCUCGAAACUUUGGCCCUUGGACGGCGCCAUUGCCAGCGGGCCUCUCUGCUGCGGCCGCCCCACCGGCGUCCCACAGGAACCCAGCCCAGCCAGGUGUGGGGACCGGGCUGCCGGCCAUUCCUGUUCUCUUUGUACAGACUCUCACUAUCCACCCGCCAUCCCCAGACACAUUUUAUUUAAUAACUUGUCAUUGUUAAAUUAUUUAUUAGCGUUUACCACAUCACCACCCCCACCCUGCCCUCCACUCUCACCUUCUGCCUCUUCCCACGAAAGCAGAAAAUGGAAACAACAGAAAAAGACGAGACAUCAGUAUAUUUGUAAAUAA